AAAGGAUAAAUGAAAAUGUACGUUUUCCACUUUUCACUUCAGGUUUUGACCCAGAAUGUGGGGGUCUUACUCAUCAUCGACCGACAAGUGGAGACCUGCAUUGCCGAGUACCUGAGCUCCAAACAACUCACCUUUGAACAGUUUCUUUAUUUUCUGACACAUGAGGUCCUGGCUGAAGUGGACAAUGGUAGCACCCCGUACAGCGAGCUCAAGGGGUACCAUGAUACCCUUGAGCACACCUUCUGGCUGCUGGGCCGCUCCUCCCUCAUCCAGCGCCACCUGCCGCUCUUCUCCGAGGAGUCCGUCUACAAGCUCUUCCGGGUGUUUUGCCUCCUGGCGGAGAGGAAACCGUCGAGGAAAGGGCUCUUGCAGGUGACGAUGAGCAUUGUAGAAGUGAGAGAAGUUACUCGACAGCUGGUCAUUCAACUGGGAAGAGAAUGGGAUGCCAAAGACUUUAACCAGCUAGCCACCGUGAUAACGAGCUUCACCUUCCCUGUGUUCCUGACGUUCCUGGAGGGACGUUACAUACAAGACACGGAAACCCCUGCCAUAAACCAGGCUGUCGAUGAAAUCUACGGUUUUUUCGUGGACCAAAUCAUGAAGCGGGGUAAAGUCUACCAGAGAGCGUGGUGGGCUCCUGUGUGGGUAGGGCGUGAGAUCGAGGUGCUGCCAUGGGCGAUGGCGACAAGAAAUCACAAGCCCACGGCACGAACGAAGGCAGUGGUAGCGCGGGCAGCCGACUUCAUGCUUGGCAGAACACAUGUGAAACUAACGCCGUCAUCCACAGUCCACAGCAUCCCAGACGAGCCGGGAACCAGACCUUGUAGAUUCACGUUGUGUCUGGACUCAAAUAAACUCAUUCAGUUAGCGGCUAUUGACCACAGGAGUAAGAGCGAGUGGCUGAGAGCCCUGGAUAUUGCAAUCCGACACUCUAGAGAGCCACUGCCAUAUCAGCUGGUGCAAUCCAUAUCGCGGAGAAGCGAAUAUGAGGAGGAAGAGGCUCGUGAAACUGCCGAAAGGAUCCGAAGGGCUUCACAGGCAGAUAUCAUUGAGAAUACACAGGCUGAGCUCAUGGCGGAAAAAAUAGCCCGUGCAGAAGCUGAAGCAGCAGCCAAGGAAGAGGCGUUGGCUCGCCAGGAAGAGGAACGGCGCGUGGCAGAGCUUCAAAAUCUAAGAUUCCAGUUAGAAACUCUACUGGAGGAGGAAACUCAAGCGAAACGAGACGAGGAAAUUGUUAGGAACUUGCAAGCUCGGGUUUUGCGAGAGGAAUGGGAAAGAAGAGAAGAUUUGGAGAGACUUCAAGAAGAGCAAAAGAGAAUGCUAGCGGAAGAAACCAAAAAGAGAGAAGCUUUCCAACUUCUCCAAGAAGAAAAGGAUAAUCAAUUAAGAGAAGCCGAGAAGAAGCUGCGGCAGCUAGAGGCAGAUCGAUUAAAACUUGACCACGAGCUGCGUAGUGCCAGAGAAAAAAUCGUCAUGUCAGAAAGAGGAAAAGAACUGUUGGAAGCAAGAAUGAAGGUAAAAGAGAGAACACCACCUGUUCGUACUUACUCUCUACGGCCUAUAAGAAAAGAACGAGGACCAGUGCCUACGAGAUCAUCUUCUUUCAAUGCUCAUGCUGCGCGUCUUUUCAAGUUCCGUUCUAAGAAUGAGGAUAGCAAUAAUGGUAAUGGAAAUGGCAAUAGUAAUGGAACUAUUGAAAGUAGCUAAGUGUAUGUAUUUAUUCUAGUUUUAGAUUAAAAGAUAAUUAUAUAAUAUAUUGGAUACCAAUUUCUAUUGGCAAAAUAUCUACCGAUUAAAAUAAGUUGUGCUGAUAGUGUUUAUAUAUAUAUAUAUAUAUAUAUAUAUAUAUAUAUAUAUAUAUAUAUAUAUAUAUAUAUAUAUCACACACACACAUCGCACACGCACACGCACACGCACACGCACACGCACACGCACACGCACACGCACACGCACAGAGACACACACACAAACACACACACACACACAUAUUCCAAAGCUUUUUGCCGUUUCCUUAUAUUAGUUAUCCAUUUCUCAGAAAUAAGGAUAAUGACUAACCAUCAUCAAAAUUUUUAAGCAUCUAGCUGAAAGUUAGAAGGUAGACUUCAUGAAAAGCACAAUUUGUAUCUACUGCACUGUGUUCAUUCCUCUUUCUUGCGAGCGACACAGAAAUCAACUAGAACUUUGGCAUUUGUAAUGCUACAUGUGUUCCCUGUUCAUCAGGUAAUGCACAUAAAAUAUUUCACAUACGCAGAGGUAUUACGGAAAUUCAGUCUCCAUCAGCUAGGUGCGAACAAGAGAGCCUUGCAAGACUGGUAGAGCUUCACUUGCACAUCUUGGUACUAACUUUCCCUACAGAAUGCAUGUGAUUUUGAUCAAAGAAAAUGUCUAUAAGGAAGUGAUGUUGUUUUACACCUGUUUAUUGUCCUGUGGCUCAUCUUUUUGGUUGUUAUAUCUCUGUGUAAAUGUGCAAUCUAAUUGUUUAAGCUCUUUUGGUGUGCAAUAUGCAAAUGUAAGUAAUGCACCAGAUGUCACUGUAAGUUACAUACAUUGUGAAUGUUCGAUAUCCAAAUUAUAUUUAGGUUAAGAUGGUUUGUAGAAGCUUUUCCCAUAACACUUUUCAUGGUUUGUAUAAGCUUUUGCAAAUGUUACCGGUGCUUCACUUGGUUUUAAGUAUUUUUAUUUUGUACCUGGUUUAUCCAUGAAUUCAUGUCUUGAUGUGAAGUUUAAUUACCAAUAUUCACACGUCACGGAGGUUGAUGCAAGUUGGUUAUAUCUGUGGAAAUGUUCAUGAGAUUUGUUUCCUGUAUGAUAAUUAUGUUUUACACUUCCAUGACCUGAUGCAUUUCUAGAUUUGUAAUAAUAGUAUAAUUGAAAAUACAUACAUUCCAAUGUGCUUGAUGUGCCUUAAUUUUUAAAAAAGAAAUGUGAAAAGGACGAAUUUCACUUUGCACACUUGAAUAUAUGUAAUCACCUUUCUGUAAUUACAAACAUCAACCCAAAAUAAUUUGUUUAGUAAAACAUUUAUUUUAAAAAUUAGAUUGGUCACGUCCUUCCCUCAUCUGAUUUCAUUGUAUUUCCACAAUCUUUGAUAACUCCACAAUGAAACUUGACACUGAAAUGCAAAUGCUGUUGAUUAAUCUAUUAGUUUCCUGACGUUAUUUUUCAUAGUUGCUCUAGUAUGAUAUGAUAUAGAACUGCUCAAAGUCCAACUACCAAUGGAUGACAUAUGUGCACUUUUUUAUUAAUGUUAGUUUAGUCUUCGUAUACAUUGAAGAGGUUACAAUAUCUGCUUCUGAAUAGAUCUUCAGUUUAUUUCUAAGGUCAUAAAUGCAAUGUAUUAAACGAUAAUACCAAUGUGUGAUCAACUGGUUAGUCCAAUCACAAUUAAAAAAUAAAAUCUUAAAAAUGUAAAAAUAUUAUAUAGAUAUGAAACUCUUUUUUGAAUACUAUUUGUAUGGCAAAUAAAUUCAUGAUAAACUGAA